GUGGAAACAUGCUUUUUCCUCACAUCUCCGGGUGGUUUAUUUGAUAACACACAGUAGCCAUGCCUCUAAUAGUGAUGUGUGGUUACCCCUGUAGUGGUAAAACACGACGGGCAGAAGAACUGAAGGUGUAUUUUGAACAGAACACGGAGCGAAAGGUUCAUAUUGUGGGAGAUGGAGCUCUGGGCUUUGAGAAAAACACUGUUUACGCAGAUUCCCAAAAGGAAAAAAAUGUCAGAGCAGCUCUGAAAGCAGAGGUAGAGAGAAAAGUCAACAAGGAUGACAUUGUAAUUUUGGACUCAUUGAAUUACAUAAAAGGUUACCGCUAUGAACUGUUCUGCCUCAUCAAACAUGCACAGACACCACACUGCCUGGUAUACUGUUUGACAUCAGAUGAACAGAGCUCAUCGUGGAAUACCAGCAGAGACGCUGCUGAGCAGUACACACAGGACAUCUUUGACGCAUUAGUUCUGAGAUAUGAAGCUCCAGACUCAAGAAACCGAUGGGACAGUCCUCUCUUCACCAUCCUGAAAGAUGACACACUUUCAUUUGAAGCCAUUUCUGACGUGCUUUUCAAAAGAAAAGCACCCCCACCUAACCAGUCUACUCAGAGUCAACCGCUGUCAUCCACAAACUUCUUGUAUGAGUUGGACAAGAUCACACAAGAUGUGUUAAUGGCAAUUUUUAACGCCCUGAAGACAAGUGUUCCUGGGGAUCUCAUUUCAGUUCCAGGAGCUACAGAAAAGAUCGAGCUCACCAGGAGCAUCAACAUGGCAGAGCUGCGGAAACUACGCCGCCAGUUCAUCAGCUACACCAAGAUGCACCCAACAGAGAACACAGGACAAAUUUCCAACAUGUUUGUGCAGUAUUUAAAUAAGAGCCUUCACUGAAAUUAUAUAUCAUCAGCUUCAUUUUUAUUUUUUGUGACAAAUAAAUAUAUUUAAAUAUUAA